AUGGAGCGCUCGGAGUUCCCCGGCCGCCCGGCGCUGGCGCAGGUGUCGCGCCGCCUGAGGCGGCUGGCGGAGCACGCCUGCUGGACCCACGAGGUGGAUGGCGAGGGCUUGAGCCUCAUCGAUGCAGUGGAGCGCGCCCGGCCUGGAGACACCCUGCUGCUCACGGGGCCCUUCUUUCAGGAGGCCUUCAUUGCUGAGAAGCCGCUGCGCAUCGUCGGCGCCGCCGCCGCCCCCGGCUGCGCCGGCGGCCGCGCGACGCUGUUCCAGCAGCGGCCGCCGGUCGUGCUUGCGCAGGCGCGCGUGCUGUUCCGCAACCUGGUCCUCCACACCGGGGCACAGCGCGACGACACCAGCAUCGCGGUGAUGGGCCCAGAGUGCCAAUACCUCAGAUUCGAGGGCUGCCGCCUCCUGGGCGCCACCGGGCUGGCGCUCCCGGCGAGCAAGGCGCCGUCGGCGCGGCUUGAGCUUCACGACUGCGAGCUGGCAAACGUGAAAUCGGGCUGCAGCGCGCUACAAGUCGCAACAGGCCUGCUGGUGAUGCGGCGCUGCCUCGUGCGCAACAGCUCGAUCGGGAUCGAGAUCGGGCGCGAGUGA